ACAGUGUAGGUCGGAUCACCUGUCCCGCUUGAGGCGUCUCACCCAUGUCCAUGCUUCCCCCAACGUGGAUCCCGCGGACCCCCGCUUGCUUACAUCCUGCACCUAUCCAACUUGAAGACAGCCCUCCGAUAGAGAUUGCAGAUUCCCAGGAACAGGAGGCCAGCUCACCCCCCCGGCGUUGCCCGCUCUCACCUCCUAAAACCAGCCCCCCCAGAGCAGCCGACUCGACCCACUUGCACACUGCGGGAAAAACACAGCUGGACUCACCUAGCCGAGCCCCCACUCCGGACUCCGCUGGCACUAGGGCACCUGCCUCCCCUACGCUCCCCGCUUCACCAACCACCCCGGCCUCUCUCCCCUGGGCAACCCCCGAUACACGCGGAGAUCAUGACCGAGACCAGGAACGGUCCUCUCUGCUUCGUGAGCCCGAAACUCCGUUCCUCCACCUGUGGCAGGACACCGCUGACCUUCAGUCUCUCCGACCUUAUCACAACACCACGGAACAGGCACGGCAGCUACUGGAAGGCAUUCAGGCAGCCCUCUUGCAGCCAGAUGAUGACCUCACCCAUGUGGCUCCUCACUUGACCGAGCUACAGAUCCUUCUUGAGCGAAUUAAGGGGGCCACACUACGCCUCCCCUACACGAAGAUUGAGCAACAGGUUCGGAGUUUCACUACGCCCUGUACCCACCUGGGCACCCUCGAGGGCACAGUACAAGCCGGGCUCUCCCUUUUCGGCUUCAAAGCCACCACGGAUGCAUCCACGCAAACCGAACUCCUGGUGUCACUUGUCUCACCAGCCUCGCACGGGCCGCUCCCGGCGCGCGGCAGGAAACGCCGCCACUGGACCCGCACCCCGCUCCCUGCUGGCAAGCGUCGAGCUACCAUCCUUCGUACCACACAGGCAGCCCGGCGUAAAGUUCAACAAUGGCUUCCUAUGGGCUGGAAUGAGGAUGAAGCCGACCUCCUCAUCACAGGCGAGCUUGACUACUCCGAACAACCAGUCCAGGAGCGCGUACGCCUCCUUGCCGCCCUAUACGACUGGUGCGUUCUGGCCCCAAUGGCCACACCACGCCGACUCAAGGAUCACCCUCGCAAGGCUCGUACUCUCGCGAAACAGAUGAUUACGCAUCUCUCGGAUGACCUCAAAGCCGACCAUCUCAUGCUCACCAACGAUUUGUUACUGGCCUUCUUCCUUGUCCUUGGACCCGAUAGCCGCUUCUCGGUGGCCGAAUUUUGCAUGUUCCUCGACCGUCUCAGUUCGAUCUUCGAGGAGCUCUGACCU